ACAGUAAAAAUGCAACAUGGCGAUGUGGUGUGCAUCUAAAGCGUUGUCAAACGGAGGACUCGUUCGGAUUCCUCUGCUUGUCGUGCAGAGAUGGAGACGUAAAUCACCAGCCAGGAAACCGCGAUGGCUUCCCAUGGCUCCGAGUAAAUUAUUUAGGAUAAAUAACCCUCCCGACAUACCUAAAGAAGAAUUCGAGCAGAUCUUCACACUGUACCACGUGUAUAAAUGCAACAUGAGAUCCAUUCAGAAUUUCUUACACGAAGAGCAUAAGAAGGCGACGCAGGUUGGUGAAGAAGUCGUAGAAAGAGCAAAACAAGAAGAAUUGGAGCACCAACGUCUUAUGGAAGAAAAUAGAUUAGAAAAUGAAAGAAUGCUAAAAUUAAGAAAUGAAAGGCUAGAAAAAAAUUUACAGAAGGAAAUUGACGACUUACUUCAAAUAGAACUUGAUGUUGAACAGCAAAAGUUAGAAGAAAAAGAAGAGGCAGAAAAGCUUGUUUUGAGAGAGAUGGAAUUAUCGAAAUCAUUCAUCCGCGAAGAUACAUUAGACGAAGCCAUAGCGCAAGCUUUAGAUAAUCCAGUCAAUUAUAAUUUUGCAAUAGAUUUGAAGGGUAAUAUUUAUUGGGAAGAUGAAAAGAUCAUUCCAUCAAAUGUCAAAAUAUAUGUAGAUAAAUCCGAAGAAGAAAUUUAUUAAUUGUAGAUGUUACGACUUAGCAUAAUACAGUAAUUCAUUUAUUCAAA